CUUUUAUCCCUUUCUGAUUUCUCUUUUUCUGCCAUUUUUAAAGCUUUCUUCACUAUCUCCUUAUUCUGUUUCUCCCUGCCGGUGGUGAGUGAUGGCUGCUCAGGAUGCUCAGAACGGUGGUUGCGAGAAUGGUUCCCCUAAGGUUGUGAAGUUCACUGCUCUGAAGCCUCAGCUCUUCGUGGAAGCGCCGAAGGGAAACGACGCCGUCCUGUUCUACAAGGCGGCGUUUGGUGCCGAGGAAGUCAGCCGUGUCAUGCACCCCAAGAGGAAGGCUGAACAGGAACAACCUCUCAUUCUCUCUGCUGAACUCAAGCUCGGUUCCACCGUGUUCCUCGUUUCUGACCUAACUGAGGACUCCUCUGCCCCUGUCAAGGGCGGGUUGACCACUGGUGUUUACUGCCUGGAGACCGAGGACGUCGAUGCUGCUGUUGCUAACGCUGUGACUGCCGGCGCUGUCGCCGACGGUGAGAUUGUUGAGGGUGGUGAAGGUGCGUGCUGCGGCGGUCGCGUGGGCAAGGUGAAGGACCCGUAUGGCAAUGUAUGGUUGAUUUGCUCCCCGGCGAAGAAGUGCGCUGACGUGGAGGCAUGAAAGCCGUUGGAUCUCAAAGUUCCCUGUUACUUUACUUUUAUUGUUGUCUCUAAUUUACCCUGUUGACUAGUACUGGUACACAGUAUAACCCGGUAGUGGUUAGUGCUUUAGUUGGCUUAAUGAAAAACCGUCAAUGCUGUUGCUUUUGUAGUUUUUGACCAAAUGGACAUUUGAAUUAUGAAUCAUCCAUCUAUUUGACAGCUGCUGUUAGUUCUUCA